AUGGAGAAAGUUCAAUUCCAGCAAGAGCAGAUGCUCGCAGAGCUGAAAGAUUUUGCUCAAAAAGGUCUUUUCACUCAAAAAGAAAUAAAACAUAUCAUGAAAAAGCGCACCGCGUUCGAGACCGCGCUCGUUCGACGAGUAGCUAAAAAAGGCGACUUCCUGCGCUACGCAGCGUACGAAAUGAGCCUUGAUUCGCUUCGCAAAAAGCGACUAGAGCGGCUGAAGCUGCCUCCCUCUCCGCCCUCCGUAUCAGACUAUGCCCUUGUCCGGAGGCAGUUUUACAUCUUCGAGAGGGCCCUCAAAAAGUUCAAGGCCGACGUGGGGCUUUGGGUCCAGUAUAUCAACGUUGCGAAGCACGAGGGCGCGCGGGCUCUGGUUGGACGGAUUACCGCUCGGGCGUUGCAGUUGCACCCAAACACGCCAGCUCUCUACAUUCUCGCCGCUUCACACGAGCUAGAACAUCUCUCACCAUCAGCCGCCCGCACGCUUCUGCAGCGAGGCAUCCGUCUCAACCCCGACAGCGUAGAGAUGUGGCGGGAGUACGUCAAAAUGGAGUUAGGGUUCGUCGAAGGCCUGCGCAGGCGGUGGGAAUUGUUGGGAAUCCAGCUCGACUCGAAAGGGAAGGGAAAAGACGUUCGGCCGACUAUGGACCUCGACGGAGCGCAUGACGCCGGCGAUGAGGAGGACCAAGACCGCUCAGAGGGGAUGGACGUCGACGAAGACACCAAUGGGGAUGCGGCGAAACAUGAGAUCAUGGAGGGCAUCAUUGUCAAAUCCGUCAUCUCAAGUGCCGUGAAAGCGCUGCCGACAAUCGGCCUGUUCAAGUCACUCAAGGAUCUCAUAUCGGCCUAUCCGUCACCCGCGCCGUUGCGGGACGCGAUUUUAGAUCAUCUCUUCGCAUUGCUCAGAUUGACGCUGCCUACAGAUCCCGAGGCUGUGAAGCUGCACGCAACGCGAUCGCUCACGCCCGAUCUGGCAGGCGAAAAACUAAUUGGCAGACUGAAAGAUGCCAACGAGGAGCUGACGCAAGCGAUCACGGACUGCGGCAGCGAUCGUCAAGGCAUUUGCGAGAGAUAUGCAGACUUUGUGCAGGAAUGGUGUCAACGAGACAUCGACGGUCCCCUGAAACUUUACCUCGUCGCGAGCUUGCAGUCCCUCGCGAACAAGACUUUUGAACCUGCAUUGCUUGCUGCGCAUCUGGAGCUUCUGAUAACGGUUUCCGAUACGUCUUUGCCAACCCCCGGGAAGAUCGUGCACCUAGCGCGAAAAUACACCACGAAGCAGCCCACGUCUGCCGUGGUGUGGCUCGCACGUCUGGCGGUGGAAGCGAAGCUUGGGAGCGGAGAGGACGCGCGGACGGCGUGGGCAGAGGCUCGGGGAGCCACCAAGGGCCAACGGAUGGAAGAUGUAUGGAUCUGGGGCCUCGAGCAGACGUUUGGCGAAUCGCCGGAGGAGCGGACGCGUCUUUUGGAGGGAAUGCUCGCGGACAGCAUGAGGGAUUCGUGUCUGCGGACCGUACACGAGACGCUACUGGUGCGGUACGCCCAACUGGCCCUGGAUGGCCUCUCGGUGGGAUCCGAUAGUGAUCGGGAUGAUGCUGCGACGCGCGGGGCGGGAGUCGUGCGUCGUAUCGCGCACAUGUAUCUGCCGACUGGCAGGGUGUGGGCAGCUGUGUUUGAGGCGGCGGACGCGGGGGGCAUGUGCGUGCUGCGGGGGGUUUACGACAUGUGGAUGCUGACGGACGUGCGGGCGGCGACGCUGGCGUGGGGGACGUGGCUGCUGGGGCAGGGCCGGGGUGCAGAAGCGAAGGACGCGGUGGUCAGGGCGCGAAGCAUGCUUGGGAGCGAGGAGAGGGCCCUGCUGGAGAAGGCGUGGACGGAGGCGGUGGCUGGGGAGGACCGCAGGGCUGGGACAGAAGAAGCGGAGGAGAGAUGAUCUGGCUUCGCACGCAGAUGGCGGGGGCGGAUAGAGUUUUUGCCGUUGUGUGGGUGUGUCACCGCGUAUGUGCUCAACUGGAAAGGACGAUUCCCGGCCGGUGUCGCUGUUCGGUGGCGUGGUGGCCGCGGGGGCGUGCCUCGACGGGUCGCGAGCGAGUAUCUACGGGUAUCUACUUAAUACUAGGACUGGCAGCGAGC